AUGGUUUUGUUUGCGUGCGUCCUUGUGGCGUACGCAGCAGCGAUGCCGCAGCCAGUUAACGAGAUAGCUCCAGUAAGCUAUCUAGAAAGUGGCGGCCAAGUAGCUGUUGAUAAGUCACAGGGUGAGGAUUUAGUCGGCGCUGAGAGUGCCCACUGGGGAGGUCGAGGCUGGGGAGGUGGUUACGGAGGAGGCUGGGGAGGUGGCAGAGGUUGGGGACACGGAGGAGGUUGGGGUGGCGGAGGAGGCUGGGGAGGCGGCGGUGGCUGGGGAGGCGGUAGAGGUUGGGGAGGCGGUUGGGGAGGACACGGAUAUGGCCGUUAA